AUGUGCCACCCUCAGGCCGAGUGUCUGAAGGUCAACAACAACUUCACCUGUGCUUGCCGCAUGGGCUACCAGGGCGAUGGUUUGCUAUGCAGCGACAUUGAUGAAUGUCUCAGUGGCCUGCACAGAUGUCACGCACAAGCCAGCUGCAACAACACUUUAGGCAGCUACAGCUGUGUCUGCCUCAGCGGAUACAUUGGAGAUGGCACCAAGUGUGACGACAUUGAUGAGUGCCAAAAAGAAAAUGGGGGCUGCCAUGCCAGUGCCCUCUGUAGUAACUUUGAGGGUGGGCGAAAGUGCAAGUGUAAAGUUGGCUACGAGGGUGACGGCUUCCAGUGUACUGAUAUUAAUGAAUGUGCUAACCAUAGGAUCUGCCAUUGGAAUGCCACCUGCACCAACAACCCUGGGUCCUAUGUGUGUACCUGUAAUGCUGGCUAUAAGGGCAACGGAAACUACCUGUGUCUUGACAUUGAUGAAUGCUCAGAGACUCCUUAUGUGUGUUCUUCCUCACUUGGUUACAGAGGUUGCAAAAAUCUUCCUGGCACCUACCGCUGCACGUGCAGCAGUGGCUUUGAAAGUAACGGGCAGAGCUGUGUGGACAUUGAUGAAUGUGCAAAGAACAUCUGCAGUCUAUAUGCAGACUGUGUGAACUCCAUGGGGUCAUUUCAGUGUACCUGCAACAGAGGUUUUGUAGGAAAUGGACUGACGUGUGCAGACAUAAAUGAAUGCAAUGAAGAUAAUCAAUGCGACCCGAAUGCCGCUUGCAUCAACAGGCUGGGGAGUUACGAAUGCUCCUGUCUGGGAGGUUUUGUGGGAGACGGCCGGCUGUGCGAAGACAUUAAUGAGUGUGGAACACCCAACAUCUGCCCCUCUACCACUACCUGUGUCAACACUGGUGGGUCAUAUUAUUGCGACUGUGGCAAAGGCUUCAUCUUUAAUAACUCCAAGUGCCAUGACCUGGAUGAGUGUGUGGCAGGCCUCUGCAGCCCCUUUUCAACAUGCACAAACUCACCUGGCUCCUUCACUUGCCAGUGUAAAGAAGGGUACAGAGGAAAUGGGUUCACCUGUGUGGAUGUGGAUGAGUGCUCGCAGGAAAAGCAGUGCCACUCCAAAGCCCGUUGCAUGAACCUUCCUGGCUCUUACAACUGCACCUGUCAGGUGGGGUUUUCUGGGGAUGGGAAGAUCCAAUGCAGUGACGUGAACGAGUGUCUGGUAGAUAAUGGAGGGUGCAGAAACAAAGCUACAUGUGUCAACAACCAGGGUUCCUUCACUUGCCAGUGUGAGUCAGGCUUCAUCUUGGUUAACAAGACUCUAUGCCAGGAUAUAAAUGAGUGUAAGGAACUAAAGAGUCCGUGUAGAGUGAAUGAAGAGUGCAAGAACACCGACGGAUCAUUUGAGUGCCCCUGCCUGGCUGGGUACUACCGCCCUGCCAGCAACAUGGACUGCGUUGAUAUGGAUGAGUGUAAUGACAACCCUUGCCAUAUCAAUGCCACGUGCCUCAACACCAUUGGGUCCCACACUUGCACCUGCAAGCGAGGUUUUACAGCAAACGGCAGCCGGUGUGAAGAUGUAGAUGAGUGUUCUGCAGAAGAUGUGAAUGAGUGUGAGACAGGACAGCAGGAGUGCAGUGAGUUUGCCCGGUGUGUCAACACAGUAGGCAGCCAUUCCUGUUUCUGUUUCAGCGGCUUCACAGGGGACGGAAAGAACUGCUCUGACUUUGAUGAGUGCCAAAUCCAAAAUGGAGGAUGCCAUCCAGUUGCCAACUGCACAAACACACCUGGAUCUUUCUACUGUGCCUGUCCGCCUGGGAUGGAGGGCGAUGGCUUUGACUGCCAGGAUGUGAAUGAAUGUGAGCAGAACUCCACCCUGCCACACAACUGCAGUGCCCAGGCCUCGUGUCGCAACACAAACGGGUCCUACAUCUGCCACUGCCUGGAAGGAUACCAGGGUGAUGGCUUUGUCUGUGAGGAUGUGGAUGAAUGUCAGCUGGCUACAACCUGUGGCAGCAACAUGACUUGCAGCAACACCCCUGGUUCCUACAACUGCUCGUGUAUCAUGGACGUGGUGUACGACGAGGGCACAUGUGUGAGUGAAGACACCUGCCUGAAUGCUAGUAGUGUCUGCCAUCCGUUUGCCGCGUGCCACCCACACCGGGGCUCCCUCUACUGCCAGUGCGUUGUUGGUUAUGAAGGAAGUGGCACCGAAUGCUCCGAUGUGGAUGAAUGCGACCAAUCGCAAAAUCAAGCAUGCCCUGCCUUCUCAUUCUGCCUCAACACUAAUGGCUCUUAUGUCUGUGACUGCUGGGAAGGUUUUCAAGACAAUGGGACACAUUGUGAGGACGUGGAUGAAUGUGUGACAGGGGACUUCACCUGCCCUGACAACAGUACCUGCUCUAACACAGAGGGGAGCUACCGAUGUACCUGUGAUGCAGGCUUCUCAGGCAAUGACUCUCUGUGUUUGGACAUAGAUGAGUGCUCCCUCGGCCUCAUCCAGUGCCCUAAUUUCUCCAACUGCCUAAACACAGUUGGAUCUUUUGUCUGUGAGUGCUGGGAAGGCUACCAAGGCAACAACACAGACUGUGAGGAUAUCAAUGAGUGCCUUCUCAACUCUACCUGCCCUGAGCAUAGCACGUGCAUCAACACCAACGGAAGCCACCUGUGCAUUUGCGAUGGUGGGUUCUCCAGUGUGGGUGAUUUGUGUGCGGACAUUGAUGAAUGUGCCGCAGCGGAGCCGGGAGAGCUUUGCACUAAUGGCACGUGUAUGAAUGCCAUCGGCUCCUAUUACUGUGAAUGCUUCAAAGGAUUCUGGAGCAACGGGACAGAUUGCAUGGAUGUAGAUGAAUGCUCAGACUCCCUUAACUCCUCGGUGUGUCAGCCCCAUUCUACAUGCAUCAACAUCCCUGGGUCUUUUCAUUGCCCUUGUAAUGAGGGAUUUUUUCUGAAUGGCACGGAGUGUCAGGAUGUCGAUGAGUGUCACGACUCAGAUGGCACCCCUUGCCCUGAGAACUCAUCAUGUAACAACACAGCGGGAUCCUUCUUCUGUCUAUGUUAUCCUGGGUACAGGCCCACCAGCCUGGACUGUGAGGAUAUCGACGAAUGCAAGGACAACGCCACCUGCCGCCUUGACCAGGUGUGCACUAACCUGCCUGGAGCGUACAGCUGCUCUUGUCCACUAGGAUAUCACGAGGAGAAUCAGAUAUGCGUCGACACCAAUGAAUGUGAGGAUUCGCCGUGCCACCCCUUGGCGCGGUGCUGGAACACCCCUGGCUCCUUUUCAUGCCACUGCCCCCUUGGAUUUGCGGGAAAUGGCUCAUGGUGCAAAGACGUGGAUGAGUGUGUCGCUCUGACCAAGCCCUGCCACCCUCUAGCUCGCUGCCAUAACACCCCAGGGUCAUUUGUAUGUGUGUGCAAUCCCGGCUUCGUGAGUGUUGGACUACUGUGCAUAGAUGUUGAUGAGUGCCAACAGGCUGAUGGACAGUGUCACUCUGCUGCCUCCUGCUCCAAUCAUGUGGGAGGGUUCAAGUGCUCUUGUGGUCACGGCUGGAACGCUACCAAACACAGUGGUCGUGGAAAUGGAGGAUGUGUUGACUUGGAUGAGUGUGUGUCACCCACGACGUGUCCUGGGGAAACAUCUUGCACCAACCUGCCAGGCUCUUACAGCUGCUCCUGUCCCGAAAACAGCACAGUGUGCAGGAUGAUGACUCAGAGGGAGAGCAACCUGUACCCCUUCGGAGCAGAGGUUGGUGAUAAAGGGGUCGAGAUCGACACAGAAGAUGGAAAUUCCCCGUAUAUCACACCAACAAUAUUGUUCCCCUUUAUGGGAAAAUUGUACCACAGGAUUUAUUUUUCUGAUAACGGCCUCGUCCAGUUUCAAUCUGUAGCUGAGAAUGAGCAGCACCUGUUCCCGGCUCCUUUUGCAAGUGGUUUCCCUGAAGACAUGAAUGUGUCGCUUCUGGCUGUGUUUUGGGAUGAUGCCGACCUCACUCAGGGGGACGGACGGCUGUUCUAUCAGGAAUAUCAUGAGUUGGAUAAGUCAGACGUCUACUCCCAGAUCGUGUUUAAUCGUACAGCAGACGAGGUGACAAAGUUUGAGGAGCUGAGAAACAAGCCUGCCUUCAACCCUUCCUGGAUCCUCAAGAUCACCUGGGACCAUGUGAUGCCCGUCUCCUAUCAGAAGAUCAACAUCUCAGAGACUAACACUUUCCAGUGUAUCCUGACCACGGAUGGAACGCGUUCAUUUGCCCUCCUGCGAUAUGGGGACAUGCUUUGGGGUCCAGGCCAGCGGCUGUACCACAACGCUCUCAUCGGCUACUCGGAUGGAAAAACAUCCUACAAAGAGACAACUGUCCCUCCAGAAAACCUUUUCGGGCCUGGGGGCAGAUACCGUCCUCAGGAGGUGAAAGGGAUCACGAGGCAGUUAGGCCAGCUGGCUUAUGAUCUGACUGGACCGGAGGGGUCCGAUGUGGAUCUUGGUAUCAGGUGUCAGGCGUGGGCGAUGAAGGAGCCUGACCCCGCUGAGUGGAUGAAGGGGUUGUUUUCAUGCCCCUGCACUCGCACCCAGGCUCUGGGGGACCUGUCAUUCUUGCAGGAUACAGCUGAUCCGGGUUCAAGGGUGAAGAAGCUGAGGGGUCAGCGGUGGGGCGGCGCAGGCGGGCACAUCUUCAAAUCCGUCCUAUCCAACAAGUACGGUUCAGGGAAGAGAUGUGUGUAUGAGCCGGAUGGUCCCCUGCUGGCUGGGUACAAUGAACGCUACUUCUCCGGACACAGCAUACAAAAACAUAUCGAUGAAGAUCUCCUGCCCUUCCAGUGGUGUUGUAUCGAGUCUCCUCUGUGCCACCUUUACCUGAACAAGAGACCACUGGACCGUUGCCAAGGCUACAGCUGGGCCAGCCAUGAUGGCUGCAACCCGGCUAAGAAGGCGUCACAGGGUGUAGCCAUGGUGUACGGCAGUCUCCAUUUCAUCACCUUCGACGGGACGGAGUACUCCUUCAAGGCCCUCGGAGAGUUUGUGAUCCUGCGUCUCUCCUCCUCCACCGGCUCUAAUAUCUUCACCCUGCAAGGACAGACGGACAAGCAGCACACAGAAGCACAGGGGAUCAUCGAGUUCCCAGUGGUGGUGCGCAUGGCUGCCUUCCACCAGGGCAUCGGCAAGAUUGAAUGGAGAUGUGAAAAGAGGGAGGAGGGAGACGGGCUGAAGGUGUUUGUGGAUGAUGUUGAGGUUCCAGUCAGAGUUGGUGUCGCGCAUGUGGGCGAGAAGGACUUUGCUGUGCGCUGUCUGUCACUGACUCGCUGUGCUGCAGUGUACGCUGGCGGCCUGCAUGUGGUGGUGUGGCGGGUUGCAGGCCACAAUCAGCUGGCGGCCAUGGUGGAGGUUCCUCAGGCCUUCUACAACCGUACCGUGGGACUGAUGGGUCUCUGGAGCUCCAACCGCUCCGAUGAUUUCCUCAUGUCGGACGGCAGGCUCCUCCUCUCGGCAGACCUCAACCCCCCCUCAGAGGAGAGACUGCACGACUUUGGCUUGUCCUGGGCAGUUCCAGUCCCGGAAAGCCUGUUGUUCUCUCGACCUCCACAGGUUCCACUGGCGCCUGUCUCCUCUAAAACCCUGCUGGAAAGCAUCAGUCCUGCUCAGGUGGAGGACCUGAGGAGAACCUGUGAAGGCAGCAUGCAGUGCGUCCACGACACCCUCGCAUCCAACAGCACUGACGUGGGCCUGCAGACUCUGGACGCCAAGAAGCAAUAUCAAAAUCUGGCUCGGGUCUAUGGUAACAUGCCUCCGAUAGUGACAGCGCCCUCCGUGAUCCGCUGUAAGGUCAACUCAACUGUCAACAUUCAGAUUGAUGCCGCGGACCCAAAUGGAGACCCGAUCACCUACUCACUGCUCUAUCCCAGGCCUCCAGGGGCCUCUAUAGGCAGCGGUGACGGGCUCCUGACAUGGACCCUCCUCAGCACACAGCCUGUCACACUGACCAUCAAACUCAGUGACAGGCUCACCAGCUCUCUGUUCACCCCCGUCCUGCGCGUCUGCAACUGCCUCAACGGAGGGACCUGCCAGUAUGGCAGCAUCUCUGAAAACCACCAACAGGGAAAGUUCCAGGUGGUGGGCUGCAUGUGUCCGAAGGGCUUCAGUGGAAAGUUCUGCGGUAACACUGAUGACGUGUGUCGAGGCAAACCCUGUUUCCGAGGGGUGGAGUGCCAUUUACAGUCCAAGCCCGGCCAGUUCACCUGUGGAGAGUGUCCUCAUAACACUGUGUCCGCGGGAAAACAGGGAUACAAGUGCUUUGAGCAUGACAUGUGCAGCCCUCCAUUCCCCUUCCCUUGCCACAAAGAUGCCGACUGCCGCAGCACCAAACACAACUACACCUGCACAUGCAAGACUGGCUUCACAGGAAACGGACAAAACUGCACAGAUAUAAACGAGUGUGAGGAGCUCGCAACGUGUCCCAACGCUAAGUUUGAGUGCAAGAACAAGCCCGGCUCCGUCGACUGCUUCUGUAGAUACCAGAAAACCAAGGACACUGAUCGAUGUGGUGACUCUGCCAAUCCUCCAGGGUGUAACGUAUUCAACGUCUCUGUGGGCUGGAGGAACGACAGGUCUGACGGACUCAAGCAGCUGGUGGACAUUCUGUCGCUGGGUUUCCAAAAUAAAUUCUACAAUGCCAGUAAGAAGGACCUGGGGCAGAGCUCCAGUCCAGGUGUGGCUGAAUAUCGCAUCAACAUGUCCAGUGACACGCCUCACUGGUACAUCAGAGACUACCUGGCCCGAGUCAGCACCCACUAUGACAUCAGAUCCGUGGAAGUCGAUGAUCUGGAUGAGUGUAAGGCCAAGGAGGCGGCGUGUGUCCAUCCUGCCCUCUGUGCCAACACGUAUGGAGGCUACAGGUGUGUCUGCAACGGCACGACUGAUGUGGACGAAAGCCAGUCCUGCGUAAUAGACAGAGACCAGGUGAAUGAUAAGGAGACAGACCUCGUUCUGGGCCUGGUCCUGGGCAUCGGCAUCCCUCUGCUUCUGCUGCUGCUCCUGGCUGCGCUGGCCUGCUUCUGCUGCUGCAGGAGGACUGUCACCGGAGACCUCCCCCACUUGUUGCCAGACCACAUCCAGGAGCAGUACAACCCUCCGCCCUUCAACUACAAUGACCCUGCCCUGCACUACAUCACCCACUGCAGCCCACGGAUCAUAGACAACAUCACGCCCAGGCAGCGCCACAGAUAGCGCAUGCUAAAACCACACACACACGUACUAGCAUAGGUGUGAGUUACUAACACAGAUGGUAAUGAGCGCACACACUUGCACGCAGAAAUGCACAGACUUUCAAACAGAGUGCAAGCACCUUUGAAGCUGCUGUAUUUGUUUUAGAACGACAAGAUGAAUGACUCUAAUUUAUAUCGUAACAACUAACUUUUAAAGUCAAUUAUUCGCAGUCCUCUCUGCUGAGCGAUGGACCUGCCGAGUUUGAGCUGGAAGAUUUUUCGCCUGGACAACAGUUUACAGCUAGUCUGAGCCAGCAGAACUCGAGCAGCUCUUGGCUGGAGAUGGUGAUGAAAAGUAAACCACUGCAGUGGUCUUUGGCUUCCAGCUGAUACCAGGCCAACAGCCUCUUUUGAUAGCAACAUUAGCAUUUGCCAGACUACCUGGCGUCAGGCUACUGCCCUCUGUACUGUCUUAUUUAAUAUCAAGGUUGAUAUGGGUCUAGUCAUACACUGUAUAUCAUCCAUCUCUAAAAGUUCAGUAUCACUCAUAAUCACCAGCCCAUCACUGAAUUUAUGUGUCAUUAUUUUGUGAACACUUGCAAGCAGGCAUCACUGUUCCCUAAAAGCAUUUUUCUCACUUUAGAAUUACGCUCUAAAUUAAUGUUGAUUGCUGGAUUGUGUCCCAGUUCAUUUACCACAGCAGAGUAAUUCAGUGUUUCAACAGGCAGCUUUCUUUUCUAAAGCUGGACCGCCACUGCAAGUCAAAAAAAGUUGUGUAAAUAUAUUGUAAAUCAUUAAAAGUGCCACUUUA